AUGGGUUCUCAGUCGACGAAUGGCUUGUUGGAUGGAACGAAUAUGGAGAUGCCCUCAGAUGCUUGGGCGGACAGAUGUGAAGACGGUAUUAGGGGCACGGAAGAGGAUUUCCAGUCGGAUUCGAAGAUCCAUUGGCAGCAAUUUCGAUCUAGCAAUCUCUCCUUUUCUGAGCCAAAACUAGAGUACACAGAACCUAUCUUUAGAAAUGGUCAGAAGCUGGCACAAGUAGAUGCUGAAGAGGUGAGAAUUCAGUCUGCUAAUUGGAGUUCUGCAGUGGUUUGCAUGGUUCUUGGUGCUAACCCUCCAAUGGCUGUAUUUGAGGGUUUCAUUAAAAGGGUUUGGGGCCAUCUUGGUAUUGCCCAGAUUUCUAGAAUGACCUUGGGGCUCACCUUAGUUAAAUUCAAUGAUGAAGCAACUAGAGACCACGUCCUAGAGAAUGGAGUGCUACAAUUUGAUCGAAAACCUGUUAUUGUGAGGCCUUGGACAGCUGAUCUUAGUGCGAUUCGCUUGGUUCGUUCGGUUCCGCUGUGGAUUCGUCUUCAUGAUCUUGGACUCCAGUAUUGGGGGAGUAAAUGUCUGAGUGCGUUGGUUAGUACGAUCGGCAAACCGCUGUUAGUGGAUAAAUUUACAAAGGAACGUUCUCGAGUCCAAUUUGCUAGGGUGUUAGUUGAAAUGGAAAUUUCAGAUAAUCCCCCUCGUAAUUUUCAGUUUAUUAAUGAACAUGGUCAGGUGGUUGAACAAAGUGUAGAGUAUGAGUGGCUGCCUACUAAAUGUAAAAGCUGCUCUGGUUUUAGACAUUCUAUGGCAGAGUGUAGAAAGGACCUUAAGGCAGUUUGGGUAGAAAAAGUUCCCCCCCCCCCCCCCCCGACUGAGGAGAACCAAUUAGAAAGAACGGACAAGUCAGAGGGAACUAAGGGAGGACCUUUGAAUACUCAAGAGGAGGGGUCUCAAGCUACUGAAGAAGCUAAAUCUGCUGAAGGUGUUAUGUCUACUACAGAGGGGAAUUCUUCUGGGCAGACUUUAGAAAGGAACAAGGAAGGACAGUGGCUCACCCCUAGACGAGUCAGUUCUCAAAAAACAGGCCUGUCUACUGGUGUCCAUAAACAGGCUGAGUCGGCUCAGAAUAAAGGUAACCAGUUUGGAAUAUUGCAGGAUCAGGAAGGGGGAGGUGGUUUGUUGGAAGCCAAAUUGCGUGGAAAGAAAAUUGAGGAGUUUAUGGAACACAGAUUUCCUAAUUGGGACUAUUUCACUAGCCCGAGAACUGAAGGAAGGUUACUGAUUCUUUGGAGAAAAGGUAUUGCUAGUUUGAGCAUCCUAGAAGAUUCUCCCCAAUUGGUUCACUGCAUGAUCAGGUUGGUUGGUCACAAGACAAGUUUCUUUGUUACAUUUGUUUAUGGUCUUCAUUCAAUUGAUACUAGGAGGAGUCUUUGGCAUGAUCUAUCUCGGCUAUCUCUGUCUGUCAAAGCUUGGUUGGUUCUUGGUGAUUUUAAUGCUCCAUUUUCUGUUGGAGAUAGAACUGGUGGAAGCUCUCUGGCUAGCUCUGAGUUGGUAGAUUCAGUUGGCUGGAAAAAUGAUGCCAAAGUUGAGGCUAUCAAGAGUAUGGGUUCCUACUUUACUUGGACGAAUAACCAAGAUGGUUUAGCUAGAAUUUAUUCCAAAAUAGACCGUGCUCUAAUUGAUGAGGAUUGGCUGGAUUUAUUUCCUCAAAGUGUGGCAGUUUUUCAAUGGGAGGCGGUUUCGGAUCACUGCUCUUGUAUUGUUUCUAAUAUCUCUUUGAAUUCUAUGGGAACCAAGCUUUUUAGAUACUAUAAUUUUUGGUCCAACCACCCUGAUUUUAAGCAAAUAGUCUUGUUGAGUUGGGAAGCCCCUGUGAAGUCGUCUGGGCUGAAGGCUAUUUUUACUAGACUGAUUCGUCUUAAACAUCAACUGAAAAAGCUUAACAGGGACUGGUUUGGGGAUGUGGGAUUAGGCUAUCAUCUGGCCUUGGAGGAGCUGCGAACAACCCGUUUUCAAGCUCAAGAGAAGCCUCUUGACUCUCAGUUACAAGAGGCAGUUAAAGUGAAGAGAAGGAAAACUGAGAACUCUAUUGUUUCUUAUACUAAAGAUAAUGGGGUUCUGGUUGAUGAUUUCAAGGAGGUUGUUAGCCAUUUUUCCGAGCACUUUAAGAGUCAUUUGGGCACUCCUAGUUCGGCUUCAGGGAUGGUUGAUCAGAAUUAUAUGGAUUUAGGCUCUAAGCUCUCAGUGGAGCAACAACUGUAUCUGUUGAAACCCUUCUCUCCUAAGGAAAUAAAGGCUGCCUUGUUUAGUAUUCCCAAUACGAAAUCGCCUGGCCCUGAUGGCUAUGGUUCCGGUUUCUUCAAAUCAAUGUGGAAGGAAAUUGGUCAGGAUAUUUGCUCAGCCAUAUCUCAUGGUUUCUCUUCGGGUUAG